AUGGUGCGGCACCUGGGUAGCGGCGGCGCUGCUGCUCCCCCCGUAGGAGGACGGGAGCCGGCGCCGCCGCGGAGCGAGGAGGAGGAGGAGGAGGAUGCGGGGGGCGCGGGACAGCACCGCCAGUGCCAGGCGGGCGCCAUGGAGGCGGCGGGCGCCCAGGAGCCCGGAGGCGGCGGCUGUAGCUGCUGCUCAGCCUCAUCCCGGCCGUGCUGCAGGCUCCCGUGGGCACGGAAGACGCCCGGAACAAAGAAGAAAUUCACCUGCCCAGGACUUGGCCUGUUUUAUACCAUAUUGUCUGCCUUCCUUUUCUCAGUGGCUUCUUUAUUUCUUAAAAAAAUUGAAGAUGUACAUUCAGUGGAAAUCAGUGCAUUUCGAUGUGUUUUCCAAAUGGCAUUUGUUCUUCCUGGUUUAAUAUACUACAAAACAGGUUUUUUGGGACCAAAAGGUAAACGAGUUUUUCUUUUCUUUCGAGGAUUCCUUGGCUCUGGUGCAAUGAUUCUUCUCUACUAUGCUUUCCAAGUAAUGCCUCUAGCUGAUGCCACUGUUAUAACUUUCAGCAGUCCAGUUUUUACAUCAUUGUUAGCCUGGAUAUUUCUCAAGGAGAAAUACAGCCUUUGGGAUCUUCUUUUCACCCUCUUUACAAUCACUGGAGUGGUGCUUAUUGCAAGACCGCCUUUUCUAUUUGGAUCCAGUAUUACAGGGAUUGAAGGAAGCUAUACAAAUCAUCUUAAAGGAACAAUAGCUGCUGUUAUAAGUGCAGUAUCAACAGCUUCAACUUUUGUUAUAUUAAGAAAGAUGGGAAAAUCUGUGAAUUAUUUUUUGUCUAUUUGGUAUUAUGCAGUAAUUGGAUUAAUUGAAUGCAUUGUAGCACUGUUUGUAAUAGAUGAAUGGACUUUACCAUAUUGUGGUACAGAUAGAUUUCUCCUAAUAUUAAUUGGACUGUUAGGGUUGGGGGGUCAGAUAUUUCUCACAAAAGCAUUACAGAUAGAGAAGGCUGGUCCUGUUGCCAUAAUGAAAACAAUGGAUGUGGUGUUCGCUUUUAUCUUACAGAUUCUUUUUCUCAAUCAUCUGCCAACUUGGUGGACGGUGGGUGGUGCCCUUUGUGUAGUAGCCAGUAGCUCUGGAACUGCCGUUCGUAAGUGGCAACAAAAUUCAAAAAAGGCUAAAGAAAAUGAAAUCUAGCAAGUCAGACACUGUUUCGUCACAGAAACAAAGAUAAGCAUCAUAAUCUUGGAAAAAUAUAUUUUAUAUUAAGAUAUAUUUUAUUUAAAAUAUUUCAUUUAUUUAACUCUAUUACCAAAUUCUCCCCAAGAAAAGUAGUCAGCUGACUUUCAAGCAGCAUAGCAGAUGUUUUAACUAGCUGGUUCUGCAUAUGCUACUCAGUGUCAUACUGAGCAAGGCAUUGGUGUAUUUUCACAGAUCUUGCUGUCUCUGUUUCCUGAUUGCUAUCUUAUACAGGCAGUAACUGUCUACAGAAGCUUAUAUUUUUCUUUCCCACAAACUAGUGUUGAUCCGUAAAAAUUUUGGGCCUUAUUCUCCACUUCUUACAUCUUGUAUGGUCACUCAUCUUUAAAGUGGGAGUAAAAGUCUAUCAUUCUAAUGUUGUAGUUUGCAUUCACUUACUACAGGUAUAACUGAAUAGAAUAGGAGCAAGGCAGUGGAGUCUAAUUAUUUUUUCUUAACUCUACACAAGUUUUUUAUUUUUAAUCUUACAAGUGAUUAGUGACAGUUUCAUGAAUACACUUGCUCCAAGAAGUUAGGGCCCCAUUCAGCAAAAAGAAACAACAACAAAAUAAUCCAGCUUCUGUACAACGGACAUGCGAGGCUAACUUUUAAUUUAAAGUGACUUUCCCAAUAGACCAAGUCACAUUGAUUUACUACUUCUUUAGUUGCUACAAUUUCAGUGAUGAAAGAAAAUGGUUGUUAAUAUAGCCCUUUGUUAAUUGACCAUUUCUUAUGCUACAAAAUGUUAUGCUGUAGUUGCACUAUCCUUAAUUCUAUGCAAAAAAUAUAUUUUAUUUAUAUUUUUAAGUAUUUAAUUUAGAUUUCUCAAAAUGCUGUUCAAUUUUUUUAAUACUUUGUAUACAAAGUAUUUUUGUGAAAAAAAAAAAAAAAAAGUUGCACUUUUCUUGGCUGCAGUUAUGUUGUUUAAUGUUUUAUUGUAAAACCUCCCAUUUCUUGUUUCAGUAGCCAAUGAAAGGUAUUUAGAGAUUCCACAAACAGCACUGGUUAGACAGCGUCAUAGUGGAGAAUAUACAAAAUGUACCCUGCACUCCUCACAUGUCAUCUUUAAUGUUUGAAGACCUUUUGAUAGCAAUGACUAUGGUAAUGUUAAAAUAUAGAGUUCAGUUUCCCAGUUGUAUGGGCAGGAAGAGAAGAUCACUAUAAUACAUAGUGGUUUCCCAAAUGGAUUGUGAUCUACUGGUGGGUCUCAGUCCAAUAGACUUUUAAGAUGGAUUUAAUUUUUACUUUGUUGAGACCCUUUACACUGUGCCCUGUGGAGUUUUUCAGUCAUUUACAUUGUUUCCUCUUUUCUGAAAGAGGAAAAUCUUUUAUACUCAGAACCCAAGAAUACAUCCUGUGAGUGGAAACUGACAUAAAAUAAUGGAUAUAGUCUUAGCUUGAUGCACAGAUAUUUAUACAUGUACCAUCACUUUCAUGAGAGAAAUUGUUAAUCAACUGUUGCAUUCCACUCUGCGGUGGUUUGGGUGAAGUGAUUCCUGCAUGUAUAACACUAGUAAAGUGCUUUAGGAUGCUUCUAGAAGAAAUGAGCCAUAUUUGUGUAAGAUUGCAUCAGAAUAUAUCCUGUGGGCUUGAGGCUGCUUUUGUUGACGUCAAGAUCAAAACUCUAGGGAAAGGAAUUAAGGAAACUUUUUUUAAAAAGAUGAAAAUAUAACUGAUCCAGUUUCAACAAUACAGAAUCAUAAGUAUUAUGGAGGGUUGUCUCUUGUAGAAAUUAUGUUGAAAAUAUUUGAAUGAUAUAUUGCCCCUGAAUUAUUAUAAAUUGAUGCAUAUGAUUUAGUAGCCUGCAUUACUGAAGAGAGGUUUUGUUGUCUUAUUGUAUAUGAAUAUUUACUUAAGUAUAGAAAAUAUGCAGCUCUGAAGACAGUUUAUUGGUUUAGUAACUUUGGAACAAAUCUUUUUCUCAAGUUUUCUUGUUCAAACCUUCACCUUAAGUGUAAUUUACUGUCUAUGGUAAAUGAGAUAUAGAUAGUCAGUCUUAAAACUGAAAUUUUCAUUAAUCCUUUGUUAGCAUCUGUUAGCAAACUGGCAAAGUAAAUUUUCUUUGUCCAAAGCUAUGUGAUUUCUUUAGGGUUCUCCAUGACCAUUCACACUCAUUAUUCCCCAACUUUCUCACAAUAUUGCCUGUAUAGAAAGAAGGAAAACAAUAAACCUGAUUUUGCUGUCUGUUUGAACUACACAUUUUUUGUUGUCUCAAGAUGUUUUAGGGCAUGAUGGUGCAAGAUGUUGAGUAUCUGGGUACCUGCAUCUCCCAAUGAAAUCAGUGGGAGUCUCAGGCAUUCACUAUCUUGCAAGAUAGAGCUUAUAUUGUGUUACUUUCUUUAAGAAUCAAGCUAAGCAAAUUUCUUUUAUAACACUUUUUGCUCUUUAAAAAGGGCAAUGCCUUCAUUUGGAUUUUAAAAAUCUCUUAGAUGGUGGUUGCUCAAACAACAUGGAGAGGAAGACCUUGAUUAUAGUGAUACUUAGUAGUGCUGAUAUAUUUAUUUGUCCUGUUUAUAAAGCAUGAUUUUAGGCAUCUACAACUUGCCUUUCCAGAUUCAUUUUUAAUAGUGUAAAUAAUUUUAAGAAUUGUAUGGUUUUUGAAGCACCUCAAAAUAGAUUUUAUUUUUAAACCCAUUUUAGAUGCUUUUUUUCUUUCUCAAACUAUAGCUAAAAAGUUAAAUUUUAUGGACAGUUUUGAAGAAAAUAGUUAUGAAAUGGCUAAAAUAACUGCCUUAAAAUGCAGUAGCUGCUGAAAAUGCUUCUCUUUUAAUAAGUUAUACUGGGCAUUCAAAUAUCUGUUUUUUCAGGCGCUUACACUGCAGACUUUAAAACUAUAUCAGGUUUUAACUGAUAUACUUAGUUGUCAGGUAAUUUUUCUGGCCCAAGUAGUCUCCUCCUCUUCCUCCCUCUCCCCCCCGAAAAGAGUCUUAAUCAGGAAAGACAUUUUUGAAUUAUAGAGCAACAAAUUUCUCAGGAUUUCAGGUGCUAUUUUGCCAACCUCUAAAUUAGAAACAUGGCAUUAAUGUUUAACAUCUUUUAGUGUCCUUUAAAAUGUUUUUAUUAAAUUGGACAAAUGUACUGUAUUUCUUAGGAAUUUUUUCUUAAGGAAUAUUAUGCAAUAUUAUUGCAUAACAUUUUUAUCAUGUAAAGGUCUAUUGAAAUCAAUGGGACACUUGUAACCACUGAU